CGAAUAUAAGUUUCUGAAUGCAGGCCGGUAACGAGCGUCGGCCGAUAGCGGCAACGAGUGUAAUUUUUAUGCGUUGCGUGCUGCAAAUAAAUCUCAUUGUCAGAUUCGGAGAAACGAAAUUGUGUUGUUGGGCGCUGAACGCGACGACAAUCGUUAUGCUACGUAUUUUUAUGUUACGUGCCGCAAAUAAGUUUCGGAGGCGCGAAUUGCACAAUCGCUAAUCGUGGGUUCUUUAAAUCGUCGUCGUGUCCGUGCAGCGAGUCUCGACGGCCGGUUACGCUGCGAGUGGGACAGUCGUGUUUGCGUGUCGCAAAAAUAAAUCUCAGGAUUUAACAGCUGAAUUGUGUUUAACGCUGUAAAUUGCGGGACGUAAUUACGGGUUUCUGAUGGCGCGCGGUUCGUGCGACCCUCGGCCGAUGACGACACCGCGAACGCGAUUCUAUUAGAAGCAAAAGCGUGUCAGACAAUUAUACACCGCGCGAUCUGAUCGACAAACGUGCUCUCUCAGCUGAUAACAGAAUGCCGAGUGCCGAGAUCGUUGCGUUUGUUCGCAUUACGGGAGUGAAGCGGAAUCGCGCGCGAUUACAUCGCGCUCUCGGCUGGAUACGGGCUCACAUCACACGUCGAGUUUCGAGCCGAUGACAGCACCGAACGCGACAAUCGCAUCAGCGUGCUCUCCGUCGCGUCUCUCCGAGUCUGAGACAGGCAGACGAAUUGUUUGCUCUAUAAGACCGCGGCAUAGCUAAACGCGGACCUUUGAACGCGACCGUGUGACUCUCUCGGUCGAUGGUGGCAUUGAACGCGAUUGUUGUCGUGUCACGUGUCGCGCCAACGGACGGCAGCCCGACGGAAUAUCGUUACACGCCGUUUAGCAUUAAUAGCGGCUAACACUCAGAUCUCUCGGCUUAUCGACGACCGCGUAUCGACGACGACGGGGGUGGUCGACAUGCGCCGAAUAUUUCGUGAAAAUGAAGGGCCGGAGGACGAUACUACAUUCUUCUUCACCGAGGACGAUCUCCUAGAAAUGACACUAUGAAAGGAAAAGCUCACGACUCGACCAUACAAGGUUUUGCGAAGCAAUACCCUGGCUGUACACUAUAUACCAGGAAAAAGUCGGGAGGAACGGCGAUCGCUGGAGGCUCGAGGCCGGGUCGCGGAUUUUUAUUGAGGACUCUCGUGUUCGUCUUCCUGGCUACGUUCCUCUGUCUUCAGCUUCAUGUGGUCAGUUUGACUGGUCGAGAUGAGUCCUCGCAAGCGUCAUCGAACGAGACGCUUUUCUCCCUCGUGCCUCAAGAGUUGCACAGAUUUUUAAAGGAAGGACGUAACUCGUCCACAAACUUGACGAAUUCCAACUCGGGAACGCUCACGGAAUUGGAGAUCGUGGAGAUCCGUCAUAAAAUCGAGCGGGCGAAUGCGGAGCAAAAAGUGUACAACGAGGAGGCGUUCGGGCCGUUGGCCAGCGACGCUCCAAUUAUAGUCAUCCAAGUGCACACGCGGCUCACUUAUCUGCGGCACCUUAUCGUCUCACUGGCGCAAGCUAAGGAUAUCGAGCAGGCCCUCCUCGUAUUUAGCCACGACAUUUGGCACCCGGAUAUCAACUAUCUCGUGCAGAGCGUCGACUUUUGCAGGGUAAUGCAGAUCUUCUAUCCGCACAGCAUACAGACUCAUCCCCAUACGUUUCCCGGCGAAGGACCCAACGACUGUCCGCGAAAUAUUCGGAAGGAGCAGGCCUUAAAUUUAAAAUGCACCAACGCCAAACACCCGGACUUGUACGGCCACUACAGGGAGGCGAAGUUCACGCAGACCAAGCAUCACUGGUGGUGGAAAGCGAACCGGGUGUUCGAUCAGCUGUCGGUGACGCGAAACCACACGGGGAUGGUCCUCUUCCUCGAGGAGGAUCACUACGUCGCCGAAGAUUUCUUACACGUGCUCAGACUCAUGGAGCGCACUUGCAAGCUCAGUUGCGAGAGGUGCAACGUUCUGUCGUUGGGUACAUAUUUAAAGACGUACAACUAUUUUACGGAUUUUAGUCGUAAGGCGGAAGUUACUCCAUGGAUAUCUAGCAAGCACAACAUGGGCAUGGCGUUCAAUCGUGUCACGUGGAACAAGCUACGAAAAUGCGCGGCCCAGUUUUGCUCGUACGACGAUUACAACUGGGACUGGAGUCUGCAGUACAUCGCGCAAACGUGUCUGCCGUCCAGUCGUGGCGCCGGGAUAGCGCCCCGCGCCGAAUCCGGUCUGAUCACGAUGACGAUGAGAGCUCCGCGAGUCUUCCAUAUCGGAGAAUGUGGGGUGCAUCAUAAGAAGAAUAACUGCGAAUCGACGGCGGUGAUAGCGAAGGUCCAGAACGUCCUGAAUGCGGCGCGCAAUCACCUGUUCCCCUCGCAGUUAACGUUAACAAUCGCCGGAACGGCGAAGAAGACGAAACUUCGCAAGGGUAACGGCGGAUGGGGAGACGUUCGGGAUCAUCAACUUUGCUGGAACAUGACCGUAUAUCCAGAUCUGGUUUUGCCUUGAAAACUGUUGUUGAUAAUGAUUGAUUCUAAUGCAUAGAUCGUGAUACAAACUGCCGGUUUCCGGUACCGGUCGUAUCGGAAUAAUAGCUAUCUAUUACGAGCAAUUUAAUCACGAUAAUCCAAAAGUAUGAUCAACGAGGAUGUUUUAAGGAUGUUCAGUAAUGGAUGAUACAAGGAGAGUCUCCAUCAUCGAGUCUGGUGUUUCGGAUUGCACUGAACGCAUUAUUGUCGCUGCCAAUCACGAUCAAAGGCGAUUGCAAGACCGCUGUCACUGCCACGGAUGGGAUAUUUCUUGCGCAAGUAGGAAUAUACUUAUAGACGUUUCUUCGAGACAAGACGUAAUAUUGCACAUUCAACGGACGAGAGGAAAACAUCGGUCGAUUCAACAGUGAGCUCAAAUUGGUGCUAUUCUGAAAGAAGUUUUUUUUUUUGUAGUAUAUAUUUUAGUUUGCCGAUCUGAUAAGUUAUGUGCCCGUUGUACUGUAAAAAAAACAAUGAAGACACCGUAAGCUGUGCAGUCGCAAGAGAGUGAAUCAAUGAAAAAUAUAUAUCGCGGAAAAAGGUAUUCGGUUGAAGCGCGUCAUUUUAUAAUAUUGACAAGAUUUAUUUAUUCAGCAUCGACGAGAAGAUUUAUGUUUCUUCGACGUCGCGCUGUCCACAAACAUAGUGUGAUAAAAAAAAAGCAUUAACGAUAAGGCAUCGCGUUUAUUUAAUUUUGUUUUGAAGUAACGUAACGCGCGCACUCGCUUGAGGGACGAGUAUUCUCGAGGACGGCGAAAGGGAGUACGAGGGAAGUGUUCGAUUAGAUUGAAACAUAUAUUAUCGAUAUUCUAAAGGCCUACGAGACAGCGGGAACGGCAACAUGUACGUAUUUAAUUUCCAUGUCGCCGUAAAGGCGAAUACACAAGAGGAAGAAAGGCUGCACUCUGUACUUCUCUGUAAUUUCAUGAUGGAAUUUAACUUUCUGCUUCCCGACUUAGCUUCUGCUCUUUUUAAGGUAUUUACGUGGCUGGAGGCGGCGUGAUAUCUUAUCAGUAUUCGUAAUUCUCAAUUACGAAUUGCGCUCAUUAUAUUCUAGUCAAUGUGUAUAACGUUAAAAACCGCAGAUAUUUAAUAAUCGAACGUAGGUGAUAAGCUCGUUAAAAAUUAAGGAUUCACACGUACUACUAGUGAUACGCCCUCAAAGGCGCAGUAACGUCAUGUAACGACCUCGGGGAUACGAACGUAAUGAAUGUCUCAUGUACCUUUUAUAUUUAUAACAAUAAAACAACAGCAACGAAAAAUAAACAGAAUCUCUUGAAUAA